AAAAUCAAGUAAAAACGGAUUUGUUGACAAAAGAAACCACUUAAUAAUUGAAAUAUUAAACAUUUAAUAAAACAAAAUACAGUUGAAAUAUGAAAUAAUAUUACUAAAAUGGACAUACGCUUGCAGAUGAAGUGUAAAUGAAUAAAAAGAGUUACGUUGACUUUAAGGUUAAGAAAUGUUGCUACAUUUAUUAACAAAAAAAGGGAUAUUUAGUUCAUAUACAACGUUUUUGAUCAGCAAUUUAAUUUUACAAGACACAUAAAAGCGUAAAGGCACUUCCGAAGUCAUUAGGAUUUUAUGGGGAACGAAAGGACUGUCAUUGGACGAUUGAAGCAAACGUUUAUUUUUAUUGAAAUUUCCUAAUAUUUCCGAUUGUCCAUAAAGAGAAGGGAAGACCUUAGAAAUCCUCCACCACCAACAUGGAUCUUAGUGACAAUGGUUUGGAUGAUUUUGAUAAUUUCUUUGGAGCUAAGAAAACGAAACAGCCCACAUCCAAAAUUUCUGAUCCAAUGGAAGAUUUGUUUGGCAUAGAUGAUGGAAAAGAUUCCCGUGUGCCGGCGCCACGUAAGACCGUAACAAAAUCACUGGGUGUGAAAUCUCUACUUGCCGAUAAAAAAGAUGGCGACAAUGACGACGAUGAUGAUGACUUGGGAUUUGAUCCGAAAAAGCCAAAAGGAGGCCUUAAUAAAUCGCAAAACCUGUUUGAUGAUCUCCUCACCCCACUGGAGACCAAAAGACCACAGACAGCGGGUCCAUCAUCGAAACCACCAACCAUUUCAAGACAAUCCACCGAUACCACAACAGAUACUUCAAAUAUUUUGCAAACCCAAACAAGGCCGAAAACAUCGGCCGGUCGUAGAAGUUCAAAUUUACAAAACCCCGACCCUUUGGGUCUUUUUAGCAAGGACAGGGAGACGAAUGUGCCCAGUUCUUCGGGCCGAUCAACUCCAAAAGCAAAGAAAAAAGGCAAUACAGCGGAUUGGUUGGGCUUAAAUGUGGAAACGGAACCAGAGUCAACACAAAAAACUGCCAUUCGCCCAGAAACUCCAAAAUCGAAUAUUCCGCCAGCCAGUAGAACCCAAGAUACUGCAGAAAUUCUGCAAGUACCUGAUGUUCGAGAGGAACACUAUGAAGACCCGCCGGAAGAAACUUUAAACACCCAAAGGCAUUCAGCACCUGCUCCAAAGGACGAUGCAAAUAACCAAGAACCACAAGAUAUUAUGAUUCUCGACUCCACGGCUCAUAAUAUCCGCCUGAUGAAUACCAUGAAUCUGGAGGCCAAGCAAAGUUUCACUGCCCUUAAAUAUCAAGAACAACAACUGCUAAUGGCUGCCCAAAUGAAACAGCAAGAAAAAGUGCUCAUGGAAAUGCAACAGCGCCAGAAUACACUACUGCAUCAACAGGAAAAGCAAUUCCAGACAUUGUUGCAACAGCAAAUGCAACGUCACCAGCAAUUGGAGGAUCUCAUCAAGCAGCAACAGAAUCGAAUUAAUACCCAUUUGCAUUUGUUGAUGUCCCAGCCACCGGCUGUGGAGGCUUCAAUGGGAGAUUGGGAUGAAGGAAAUCCGAAUUCUCAGGAGAGUUAUAAGAGGGAACCCAAGGUGAAGGAGUCAGAGGAUGGAGAUCAUAGAGAAAGAGAGAAACAACAUGAAAUGGAUGUAAUCCAAUUGGAGGCGGAUAACAAACGUUUGGAAUUAGAAAAUUUGCGCCUGGAAGAAUUGGUGGCCAAUACCAAAAAUAAUUACGAAAGGGAAAUUGAAAUACUGGAGAAGACCUACAAAAAACAAAUCGAAGUCCUGGAAGAACAUCUCUCGAAUCUGGAGAAACGUUUAAAAUCUGAAAUUGAAGAGCUACAGAAACAUUUCCAAAAAAAGAUCGACACCUUGGAGGAGGAGAAAACUCAACUCAAAACCAACUACACCGAAGAAAUACAAAAUCUCAAACAGGAUCAUGAAGACGAAUUGCGAAAGUUGAAGAAGAACCAAGAAGAGGACUUGGAAAUGUUAAAAGAAGAACAUCGACGAAUGCUGGACAACAUUAGACAGGCAAAAAUGUUGGAAUUUGCAGCGGUUCAAGAAAACGUCUCCUAUUUGGAAUGUCUGCGGGUGGCAUCUUCGAAUCUCAGCGAUUUGACGGGCGGUCUCAGUGAACUCAAAGAAAAUAUGCAAAAUAAAAUUGAUCAGCUGCAUUUGGAGAGGGAAAAGAAACUGGAAUUGCGUGAACGCAAACUCGAAGAUGCCGAGAAAAGACUUAAAAUCCACGAAGAAUCCAAUGAGGCCGAGAAAAAUAGGCUAAUGGAGUUGGUCAGCACUUUGGAGUUACAAAUGACAAAAAUGUCCAAAGAAUCGGCCGAAGAAAAUUGGCAGUUACGGCAAAAAUUGGCCAGCUUGGAUGCGGAGAAGGCAGCAUUUGCCAAGGAGCGGGAAUUCUUUCGGGAGCAAAUGCUGCGAGAUGAAGAGCGCAUUAAAGAUUUGAAGGAAUUCCAACUGCUGGAGACCCAACGUUUGCAGAGUCAAAUUCAAGAGGAGCGUGCCCAGUUACAGGUGGAAAAAUCUAAAUUUGAUUUGGAAAAGCGGCUGCAUGCCAAUACCAAUACGCAAAAGGAACGCCAGGAAAUUGAAGCUGCCAUGCAGGUGACCCAGGAUGCCUCACGCAAAGCUGAUGUGGAACGUGAGCGUUACUACAAAAUGCAACGUCACUUGGAACAACAAAAACGUGAUUUGGCGGACAAGGAACAUGCUCUCAGCGUCAAGGAGGAAGAACUGCAACAGGAGCUAAUGUCCUUUCGCAUGGCUGAGCGUGUGGCCCAAGAGACCCAACAAAAGGCCAAAAUGGCCGAACAAUUCUAUCACAAUAAAAUACAAAUGUUGCAACAGCGAACCCAAGAAAUUGCCGAAAAAGAAUCGAAUCUGUCACAGGAACGUUUGCUCUUGGCUCAGGAUCGCAUUGCCUUGCAUGCUCUGAAGACGAAAUUGUCACAACAAACGAAAUGUUCACUCUGUCAAUUGUCGCAACAAAAUAAAGAUAUAACGGAGAAUUUAAAUCGGAACAUAUCUUUGGUCUAUGACAAACCCCUGGAAGAGUUCCAAUUGCCCAUGAAUCGCCAAAACCAUUCCGUAAAUAUGGAUUUUAUGGGCCAGAGUAAUGCUGUGGAACGUCUGCUGGAUGCAAAUAUUGCGGACUCGUUGCGUAAAAUGACAUCAUCUGGAAAUAUGGCCGGAUGGGAGAUGCUACUGCUCGAUGAUGAUCACAAGAAAAUGGUACAAUCUUCGAAUCAAGUGGGAAAUUCGAAUCGAAAUGAAGAUGAAUAUGGUGGGAAGAGAAAUUGAAAUAAAUGAGAGAUUUUUCAACAGAGGA